GUGCGACACGAAAAUUGCCUUCGCUGCAAGUUCUAUUCCCUUUUGCAUCCGUUUUUUAGUCGAUUCUGUGCCAGGUCCUUUACUUUUGGCGGUGUAUAGUGAAACAUGUCAUACUCGAACGAUAACAGGGAAGAAAAUUGGAGUGGGAAGGCUCCUAAGAAUGGGACUGAUGAACGUCCUGAAGGAGAAGCUGAGGACCGUGGUAACUACGAUGGACCACCAGGCAUGGACCCUGAUGGUGUCAUCGAGUCCAACUGGGACAAGAUUGUCGAUAACUUCGAUGAGAUGAAGUUGAAGGAGAAGUUGUUGCGUGGUAUCUAUGCUUAUGGUUUUGAGCGUCCCUCAGCCAUUCAGCAGCGUGCCAUCUUGCCCUGUAUCAUGGGACAUGAUGUGAUUGCUCAAGCCCAGUCUGGUACUGGUAAGACGGCGACUUUCGCCAUCUCGCUGUUGCAGCAGAUUGACAUCGAUGCCAACGACUGUCAGGCCCUCGUGCUGGCUCCUACUCGUGAGUUGGCACAGCAAAUCCAAAAGGUUGUUUUGGCUCUUGGUGACUACAUGGAUGCACAAUGCCACGCUUGCAUUGGUGGAACCAACGUUCGUGAGGAUCUUCGCAAACUGUCACAAGGAGUCCACGUUGUCGUUGGAACACCUGGUCGUGUCUUCGACAUGAUCAAUCGACGAGCACUGAAGACGAACAGCAUCAAAGUAUUCGUGUUAGAUGAAGCCGACGAAAUGUUGUCUCGUGGUUUCAAGGAUCAGAUUUACGAUGUCUUCAAGAACUUGCCCGCUGAAGUGCAGGUAAUCCUGCUUUCCGCCACGAUGCCGGCCGAUGUCAUGGAAGUGACGAAUCACUUCAUGCGCAACCCAAUCCGAAUUCUUGUAAAGAAGGAGGAACUGACGCUUGAAGGUAUCAAGCAGUUCUACGUUCAGGUUGAGCGUGAGGAAUGGAAGUUGGAUACGUUGUGCGAUUUGUACGAUACGUUGAGCAUUACUCAGGCCGUCAUCUUCUGCAACACACGCAGGAAAGUCGACUGGCUUACAGAGAAAAUGCACGAAAGGGAUUUCACCGUGUCCGCCAUGCACGGUGAAAUGGAACAGAAGGAGCGCGACGUUAUUAUGCGCGAAUUUCGAUCUGGAUCUUCUCGUGUUUUGAUCACCACCGAUCUCCUUGCUCGCGGUAUUGACGUGCAGCAGGUUUCCCUCGUGAUCAACUACGAUUUGCCCAACCAUCGUGAAAACUAUAUCCACAGAAUUGGUCGUGGUGGACGAUUCGGUCGCAAAGGUGUGGCCAUCAAUUUCGUGACGGAGGAAGAUUGGCGCGUGCUACGUGACAUUGAACAGUACUACAAUACUACGAUUGAGGCUAUGCCCAUGAACGUGGCCGACCUCAUCUAAACAAACAGAAUUGAGACGAUUUGUUGCCCUUGUGCAUCUUGGCCUGACCGUGAUGACCCAUCGUGAGUUUGCAGUUUGAAGUGGAGCGUGCUGAUGUGUGAAGGCUGACUGCAUCGUCGUCGUCGGCUACAGGAGUGAUUUUUUUUUUACAUUAAGGUCAAAAUUUUUUGUUGUUUUUGUGCGCAUUUGGAUUGUCCGAGAAAGAAAAAGAUGAGAAAAAAAGAGAUCACGUGACACAUUACCAGCUCCAGCGUUGUUUCACAACAUCAGUACCUCGACUCUGUUGCUCCAAAUACAGUCAUGGCCGUUCAA